UCUACAUGACAAAAUACUAGAAUUUGGGAACUUACGAGAUCGUCUUCUAUUUUCAGCCUCACGUCGUCAAUCUUGAUACCAUUCUAAUCUCUUCCAUUCUCUGAUUUAAUUCGACCAAAACUCUCUCAUCGUGUCGUCUUUAGAGGACCUUUUCUCUUCCGUCCAUUCAUUUGUCGCCGUCUCCCGUUUUCACGCAGAGCCUCGUACACCUACUUAGAUCCCUAGAUAGAUACCGUUUCCGAUACCAAUUCGUACCUACAAUCACACGAAAAAAAAAAAAAAAACAGUAUAACCUACGAAAGCGAAGUGACAAAUAACCAAUUCUCUCCCACCCACCAACACAUAUAUACGCACACCCACCCAUCCUCGCACGGUCUCCAACAGACCAUGCCCAGCGCAACAUCCUCCGGCGUCGACGGCGGCACGAGCAGCGGAUCAUCGGCGCCGCGGUCACGGGAGCACAACCAGGGGAACCAAGAGCGAAAAUGCACUCCCGAACAAAAAGCCGCGGUGCUGCGGAUCCGGCGGUGCAAGGCGACGGCCUUCUACGACAUCCUCGGGCUCGAGACGGUGCGGUCGACCUGCAGCGACGCCGACAUCAAGAAGGCGUACCGCAAGCAGUCCCUGCUCACGCACCCCGACAAGAACGGCCACGAGCACGCCGACGAGGCCUUCAAGAUGGUCAGCCGCGCCUUCGGCGUGCUCGGCGACAAGGAGAAGCGCGACAAGUACGACCGCUUCGGCACCGACCCGGAUAGCAGGUUCGAGAGCGCCAGGGCCCAGGCCGGAAACCCGUUUAGCGGCUUCGCUGGCGCGAGGCCUGGGGGCCCGGGAGCUGGGUUUGGCGGAGGGGGCAUGUGGGACGACGAGAUUAGCCCGGAGGAGAUGUUCCAGCGGUUUUUCGGGGGCGGGUUUGGCGGUCCGUUCGGUGGAUUUGACACGGGUCCGCAAUUCGUUUUUAAUAUCGGCGGUAAUAGAGGGUUUCGCGUACAUCAGAUGGGCGGCGGGGGUCCGCGGAGGAGGCCUCGAGAAGCCGAGGGCGAGCAGCGACCGCAGACGGGCUGGGACACGCUCAUCAGCCUCCUUCCGAUCCUCUUCCUUUUCAUAUUCCCACUGCUAUCAUCCAUUUUCUCCGGCGGAGCGGAUUUGUCACCGAGGAUGCCUCAGAUGGUGUUCGACCACCCGGUACCGCCCCAAAUUCACCGCCGGAUGACGCCGAGAUUAAACGUCGACUACUUUAUCGAUCCGAACGAGAUCGUAGGUUGGAAUGAUUACAAGCUACAGCAACUAGAUAAGGAAGCCGAGACCGGGUUCGUGAGAAUUCUGGGCCGUCGUUGCGAAGCAGAGAUGCGUACGAGGCAGGAUCUGAUCGACAAGGCGUACACCUGGUGGGGCGGGACGGAUCCGGAGAAGAUGAAGAUCGCGGAACAGUUCGAGAUGUCGUCGUGCAAACGCAUGGACGCUCUGGGCGUUUCGCGGUAGCCCCGGUCUGAGCUCGUUCCCACGAUAAUUGAUUUUUUUGGUUGCUCGGUGCCUUGGUGUCUCGGUACGUCAGGCGUGGGCGUGGCGUGGCCUAGGUUUUCAUCCGGAGACGAGCGUAGCUUAGAUAGAUGUCAGUGUAAGCGACAGUUGAGCUGGAUUAGGAUCAUGCUCAACACCUAAUGAAAAGAAUUCCGACUGUUCGAAGGCGAAGAGUUUCGAAAUACGUGAUAUGUGGUAAGCACCGAGGGGGCGAGGUUGAGAACGGCGUCGUGUGUUCGCUAGAUUUAGAGAACCGAAGUAAUGGGCGGCUGAAGUUAAAGUAAUCCCACUGCUGUUACACGCUCAUGUGUUUCUGGAUUCUGGCUGUCGUAUCUAUAUAUGUACCUAGGGAAGUUUUACGCCUUUGGUUAGGAAA